AUGGAGGAGAAUCUAGACAUCCCGGAGGAGUCCAUGCGACACAUUGACGCUCUACUGGCAAGACACCCUCCACAUCUAAUUCAGAGAAUGUUCUCGCAAGCACUUGAGUCACGUCGUAACUCCGUUGCUUCAUCUUUCAUGUCCACAACGACGACUAGUUCCAACACAACAUCUUCGUCGGCAUCAUCAUGGCGAUCUCGGCUUUCGAUUGCAUCCACCUUCUCGUCGGCGACGGGCAGCAGCGACUUUGCUCCUUCCAUUGCCUCGUCGACUUCCUCGCGGUCAAGAAUGAGGCGAGCAGAGCCGCGUUCGUAUCCAGCCGGACUUGAUCCAACGCGGCCCGUGCCUGCUGUAUUGACCCCUUCUUCGGAAGUUAGCAGUCCACUUGACCUGAAAAUCGAACCAAGUUUCACUCCAACCGACGAUAUUAGUGUCGCAUCGCCCAUUCUGCUCCCCGAUGACAAGUCACAAGGUCAACCUGGUGAGCCGUACAUGUUUUGCACGUAUUGCGCAGAGCAAAAAUCACAAAAGACUUUCAAAGCAAAGUCUGACUGGAAGAAACACGAAAUGAGAAUGCAUGAAACUGGUGAAGACUGGCCGUGUAUAGUGAAUGGCUGUAACCGCAUUUUCGACCGUCCGAAAGACUUCAUCAAACAUCACCAGCGCUACCAUUCAGGGCGACCCUUGCCGUCUCUCACAGACAUCGGAAUCACCCUUCUCCCGAGAAGAGUAUUUGGCUGUGGGUUCAAUAAGUGUAAAGAGGUUAGCAUCGGAUGGGAUGAAAGAUGUGACCACGUAGCGAAGCACAUGAAGAAUGGCGCCAUGUUCGAUCAAUGGAAGUACUCGAAUGUGAUUCGCAAUCUGAUACGACAGGAAGCGCUGCAUGAUACUUGGAAAGAGCUGGUAGCCUGCUUGGAUGAGAGGCUGCGAGAAAGUCGAUCACAGAUUAGCUGGUGUCCUGACAACUCGAGGAUCCUCCGACAGAAGCUUCAAUGCUGCGAUCUCAGACCGAGCCGGGAAGAAGUGCUCAUUACUGCUUUGAGUCUACGUGCUGACAUUCAGCUGGACCCUGUUCACCAGCAACUGCCAUUUGGCUUUGUCACUCCGAGCAGAGAUUCAGUACCGCAUGUCGACAAGCUGUCGCGCGAGCAGCGCAUGCACAUACUCAUUGGAAACUCUAACCCACAACUUUGCCGAAGUCGACUCGCAGCCCUCAACGCUGCGUUACUCCGAAUCAGCAGUACUAUGUCCCACGUUCCCGACUACGACUGCGGGUCUUCGCCAUUCAUAGAAUCACAAUCACCAGCUGACGAUACAGCCGGCCGUCGCAUUAGUUACAUGGACGUUGACCCUGGCGAUUUCCUUGACGUUGCGCAGCCGGCUAUACCCGACCUACCACCUAUAAGUACACAAGCCAUGAACGUGCCUCACCCCCACACGCCCGUCAUGGACCAUGAACAGCAACCCCAUCUACAACAACACGAUUACGCCGAAGAACCAAAACCUCCCGCCAAUCCACUAGGGUGGUGUUACCCAAGCUACUUCGACGCCGCGCCCCAAUUUGAGGAGUCACAGUAUUAUGAGCGUCCGUCAUUUGGUCAAAUUAUUUCGAAGCCACUACACAAAAUUGGAAGUCGUCUAGGCAGCUCACGAAACAGCUCCACCCACUCAAGGGCUUCUUCACAUAUGAGCACACCUGAACUGGGUGGUGGAGGUGCCGACUACGCGAUACGAAACCCUGUUGCCGCAAUGGGCAUCCGUCAUUCUCAACAACACAACCCACAACAACUUCAACAGCACAUGAUGCCUCAGCAACCGCCCCAGCAGUUCCGAAACUCCGUGCAGAUGCACGAUCAGCUCCAUUUGUAUUCAACGCAAAGCUAA